AUGGCCGUUAAUUUACGAUCAAAAGCUUUAAAUCGUUCUGUGAAAGUGAAUUCAGCAGCAUAUUAUUCGUAUAUCGAAGAUGUUCAUGGUGCAAAUAAAAAUCCUGUUUUACAAAGUUUCGAACGAGAAAUACAAGAUUUCAAAAAUUAUGUACAAAAACAAAAGACAAAUCGUUCACUAGGAAAAGAACUAAACGAAAGUAGACUAUCUGAAACAUUAUUUAAUUUAUGGGGUAGUUUUCAACCAAGAGUAUCAGUACGAUAUUAUUGUGAGAAAUUGAUGGAAUUAGGAGAAUAUUUAGUUCUACACGAGAAAUAUGGUGUUGCGUUAUUUCAAUGUUACCAACGUUAUCUCAAUGAGUAUGGUCAUUUUGAUAUGCAAGAUUUUCAAACUGUGGAUGAUUUACAGGAAAGAUUUUUUCCGUUAGGAUUAUCAGACGCAACGGCAGAUUUAUCUUUUCGUGCAUUGAUGGGUUGUUCAUUGUGUUUAUACUAUUUGGCAAUUGAACAAGAUCCUAAAAUUCAAUCUGAUGAAACUCUCGAACUAUGUUUAACAUCUCUAUCAUUUAUUCGACUACUGAUGAAUCUAGCAUUGAAAGAUGAUCGUUGGUCAUGGUUAGUCUAUAAUGGAACAAUUUAUUUAUACACAAUGAGUAGAUAUUUAAUGACGUUAAGUUAUUCGGCUAAGGUUCUUGAUUAUUUAGUUUGGGCAGCGAUUAGUACCGAAAUGUGUUUGCCUCUAUUAGCAGUCGCAUAUUUACCAUGGCGUUCAACAUUAUAUUGUGCUGCUUGCGAAGCAUUUUAUGACACAAAAGUAGCACCAGACGCAGAAAAAGCAAUAGCUGGUGAAAAUUUUGCUCGACGUGCAUUAGAACAAUUUAAAAAUUUACAUGAAUUACAAGCAAUAAGUAUUGAAGGUGACAAAUGUCAAUUUGAAAAUGAAUUUCGUUAUGCUGCUAUUAAGAUAGCCACAAUGAUUUUCAAACGAAUGGUAUAUGAAAGCCGUCGUAAAUCAAAAGGAAUAUUACGACCAAAAGUCCGUCAGAAUUAUAAAGAACAGUUACAAACGGCAUGGCCUAGAACUCAUACAGAAAAAUUGUUAAGUGAAAUGUUUGAUUGUCGUGCGGCACAAUUUUUAGCCAUAUUAGAAGCGUUAAAUGACCUAAAUCGCCGUCUAGUGUUAACAUCACCGGCUGCCUCAGACAAUGAUCCAGAAAUUUUAGAUGUUACGCUAGAAUUAUUUUAUGCAGCCGAUUAUAUUCUACAAGUUAAGCAUGCGAAUGUCAAUCAGAUUGACGGUGCCAAUUUGAAUCCAGUAUAUCCAAACAUAACCAUGGCACUAUCGAUGAGUUUAUUAGAUUUAGCUAUUAAUGAGCAAUAUGUCAUACCAUUUCCCAGUGUUAUUCAACUAAUUAAAAAUGCCUUUAAUUAUGAAGUGUUUGAUGUAUUCGAACGUUUACUAGAGCCAUUAAACACAUUAAUCGCCAUAUCUUCUCCGAACGAGCAAAAGUUGCCGUAUCAAACAAUUUUAUCACUAUUGGAAUUGUUACAUGAAAUAACUGAAUGCGAAAAAGAACAAAAAUUAGCGGCCAAACAACUACAAUUGCAAGCAACGGGUAAAGAUGAUGAUAAAAAAGGAAAAAAAAACGAAAAUCGUACAAAGAGUCCAAAAACGAAGAAGACAAGUAAAGAACGAUCAAGAAGUCCAACACCAGCAACAAAAAAGAGAAAAACAAAAUUAAAAGGAAAAGAUGUUCAACCGGCGCAACAGCAACAAAUAGAUGCAAAACGAGUAGUGUCAAUGAAAGAUAUAAAUCUUACAGCCGAAAAUGAAGAUGGCGAGGAAGAAAAAAGUUUAGAAGACUAUUUAGAAGAUUUGUGUAAUCUACUGCUAAAUGAAGGAAAUAUUCAAGCAGUGAUUGAACCUGACGUAUUGAUUGAUGUUAGUUUACUCCUAUGGAAUAAAUGUCGCCCAAUUCUACGCCGAUAUUACAAUGAACCAUUAGACAGUCAACGAUGGAUAAGUCGUUUAGAUCAUGAUCAUUUAAAAUGGCUAAAUUUAUGUUUAAAAACUCAUGAAGUUUUAACAAGAUUUGAUUUAGCAACGGUUGAUCCCUGUGCUUAUGCAGAAUGUUCAUUGCGUCUGGGUCAAAUUCUCUUCAGUCUUGUACAACCGGAUUCGCCAUUACAAUCUAAUGCUCGUAAUUUAUGUUAUAAAAGUCGUAUUGACCAAUUACGUGUCUUUCUCUCUCAGACGUUUGCACAACCGUUUGUUCAAAGUUACGUGCAAGAAUUUAAACGUGGACAACAGCAAUCAGCAAGUUCACAAGGCGAUUCGGCUUCAAAUCAUGGGACAGGUGUAAUAAAUACUAUUGGUCAAGAAAAACAGCAACAUCAACCAUUAUUACCGUUUGAUAAUGAUACACUAUCGUUGUCAACUAAUUUUCCUUUACUGCUCUUUACAGAACAAUUGUUAGAACGCUCAUUACAGACAAUGGCACAAGCGAGAGCGAGUCUAGUUAAAUUUGAUGGAUCAGCUAUGUAUGAUCGAAACUGGCAACCAAAAUCAAAUGAUGAAGAAUCAGACUCAUUAGGUGAAACGAGAUUUUUUGCUACACAACCAUUUCAAUAUGAAAAAGGUGUUAGUAGUAAACCAAUUGGAAAUUUAAUCAAAGAUUUGGAUGCUGAAUUAUUAUUUAUUUAUUGUCGUGUUAUCUCUUUGCUUGAACAAUUACCAGAAGCACGAAUGAUUAAGAAAGGUCCAAUUGAUCAAUAUUUGAAUGAAGCAAAAGGUAAUUCGCAUAAAAAAGCGCUGAUAUGUGCGGCAUACGCAUCAACAAGACGAGAUGAAAAAAUGGCAGCUGAUUAUAUGCAGAGAGCUUAUAAAUAUUUAACGACAGCUGAAGAAGAAGAUCGUUUGUAUUUUUGGCAUUUACUCAAUAAUCCGUCACUAUUGAAAAAUCAAAAUGAAAUAACUACAACUACGAUACCACGUCCACAUAUUAUCGCCCGUGCUCCUGAAUUUGUAUUUAUACUUGCACCAGAUUUUGAAGAAUUAGACACAAAAGUUGGUUCAUAUCGCAUAUUUUGUCGAGCGGUAGAUCGUCCAAAUGCUAAAGCGCGAAUGGCUGAUACAUAUUAUCCAGGUACAGGGCAACAAAUUCCGUCAAGUUUUAAGAAACCAGUCAAAAUCUCUGGUCUUAAUCCUGAUUUGAAAUAUGUAUUUUCCAUUGGCAUUUACGACGUGAAUGGACAGUUAAUUGGUGAAAGUGUCAGUGAAUCGACUGAGCCAAUAUUAGCAGCUCAUCCGACAUCACUCUUGCUUAUACGUUGCAUACUAUCACAAGUUUCAUAUCAAAUUAAACAAUAUCCUGUAGCUAAAAAGGUGUUUCAUUCAUUAUGGACCUAUUUUGUUAAAACACCACAAAAAAUUGAAACAACCGUAAAAGAAUUGGUUAAAGAUUCACCAUUAGUUUUAUAUGAAGCGAGAUAUUCUCGUUUAACUGAAAGUUCAAUAUCACUGCUCCAAAAAUUCAUCAAUUCAAUAUUUAUUGAUUUGGAAAUAUUCAUUAAAGAGAAUCAUUAUUACUGUGAUUUAAUAACUCCAAAUUCUAAUUUACGUGUCCAACAGAUUAAUCGUAUCCAAGCGUGUAGUAAAGCAUUAACUGCCUUGGAAGUAUCGUGUUGGUUGAAUGAUUCAAGCUAUGCUUUACAAUCCAUUAUUUAUGCCUACGGUUUAUUGGCGCCAUUAUUAUUCUUUAAAGUGACAUAUCCAGCUAUUUAUACGAUACUUGAAAAAUGUUUAUCAGCGCUAGAUGAACUUCCUUCUUCAACAUUUAAACAACGUACACGUAGUGUUCAAGAAAAUAUUCAUCAUAUGAUUGCGUGUAUUGUUUAUUACAUGACCAAAUAUCUUCAACAAAAUGAUGAACACAAAUUGGCGAAUCUGAUUAAUUCAGUUGGAAAAAAAUUUCUUACUGCGCCAACAACAUCAACAACACAAACUAAGGAAACAAUUACUGCAGAUGCUCCGGUUCUUCCUGAACAUACAUCCAGUGGUAGUUUAAGAACCGCUGAUGCCUCUGUAUUGCCAGAAGAUGCCCUUGAACAAUUGAUGCCAAAAGCGUUGAGUAAUCAUUCAGCGAUUCAUAAUGAAGAGUUAAAAGCAUUAGAAUUGUUUGUAUCUAAAGAUAAAUCUCAACCGUAUACAGUAUUAGUUGGAAAUGAAGAUCAUUCACUUGUUUAUGCUUAUGUUACAACAGCACCAGUACGGCAGUCAUACAAAGAAGUUCAAAAAUUUCGUAAACGAACAUCAUUCUUAGAAUAUAUGGUUCAUGUAUUAACAAAAUCCGUUCUUGAAUCAAGUUCACAAAACGAAGAUAUUCUCGGCUGGUAUGAUGAAACACAAACAUUUUUGUCGAAACGAAAUGAGUUGAUGUUGGGACCGUGGCGUAUGAUUAUUAAAAAACAAGAUGGUCUCGUUCAAAUCCAAGGUAGUAAUGAAAAUAAGUAUGCAGCAGCUAUUACAGAAUUUAGCCCGGAACGAUUAAAAAAGAAAAAAAUACAACAACAAAUGAGUCUACCAGCAACAAUCCCGGAUAAAAAGCAAAAAACGAAACAAAUGUUUACAAAAAAAAUGCUACGCUCAAAACCAAGCAAAUAUCAUUUUUUAAUACCAACUGGUACAACAGAGCAAAAACGAGUAGAGCUAGAACAAAAACAAAAACCGGUAUGUGUUGAAUAUAUGAGAUUUUAUUUAAAAUUUCCUUUGAUUAUAUCACAGGCGCUUAAGUUGAAGUGGACCACACUUUGUAUUUUAGUUAUAUCUUGA